GGUGAGCGUGACAUCAGCAAGCUGCGCGGGCACGCGGCUUCUCAGGCCCCGAAAUAUACGCGUUUCAUAAACUUCUGAAAACGACAUUUGCACACAUGUAAAACAUAUUGUUUGGUUGUAUUGUCUAAGAAUAGCUUCCACCAUGAAGUGCGAGACCACUAUCUGAAAGACAGCAUGUCACUUCUAUACCAGGGUAUGAUCACCACAUCCACUUGGGUCGUAUUACCCGAUGAUUGGCUGUCAUUUCAAUCUGGUACAGCUCUGCACCUGUCCCUGUACAUUUAGCAGCUCGAACAGCACUAGAGGGGUGUGGACAUCAUACAGAGGAUCUGAAACGGGAAGUGAGACAUCUGAGGAUGGAGAGUGAGGUGCGUGAAAAAGAGAUGGCACGUCCCACAUAUGUGGAAGACCUUCCCAUCCCUAAAGAAGGCGCUACUAAAGAGUCCAAUGUGGAAAAAAAGAAAGUUGCUGGAACAGAGGUGAAAAUCAAGAAAGGGGCAUCAAAGGAAUCUGAAUCCAAAAGUACGUGUGAGCUGCAAAUUACAGAGGAGCUGGAUGAGUUUGCGGAAGUGGGUCUGAAAAAAAACAAUGAUACUGCAGAAAAUCCCACUCGUCCAGUUUCCAAACCAACAAAACGAAGUAUCACUGAGUCCAAGCCAGUACCCAAGACUGCAACUGUGAAAAAGAAGCUGGAGCCCAAAAAUGUGGGGCCGGUGAGAGAUGACGAUGCUCCCCCAUGGAAUGGAAUCACACUUAAUAGAUGCUUGGUUGUUGCAGCUUUUCUUGCUCUGCUCAGCGUUGGGUUCCAGGUUGUGCAAGAUGCUGUAGACAUGGAUGAUGAAUUAGCAGAAGUAGAGGCUGGACUUUGGACUCCACAUGACACCACUGACCAGCAGCAGCCUGAGCCUUGGUUUUUUGAAGGUUGGUUUAGCACAUCUCCAGGAGAGGAACCUGAUGUAAUGGAAGACCCAGAGGAACCUGGAGAACCAGAAGAACUGGAAGAACCAGAGGAACUGAAAGAACCAGAGGAAACAGAAUUACCUGAAACGGAAGAUGAACUAGCAGAAGCUGUAGAUGUUUCUGAAACACAAGAACCUUUAGAAUCAAAAAUUGAAGAUAAAAAAGAAAGUCAGGACAAACCAAAACAAUCUCAUCAGUGGGGGUUGAAGCCCAAAAACAAGUACAUGGAAACAAAGGCAAUCAAAAUCCGCAGGGCAUCUGAAGGUGCAUCCCGAGAAAAUGUGCUCUUCCCAUUUAUGAAGCGACCUAAGGAGACAUCCAAACACCCACGAGAGUUACAAGAAAAAGCAUACAAAGACAAGGGUUACAAGAAAAAGGAUAAGGAUAAGCAGUACGAACAUCCAAAGAAGCAGGAAGACAAAAAGCAAUAUAAGAAAAGAAAAGAGGAACCAAACAAAUAUGUCAAACAUGACAAAGAGAGAAAAGAAGAGAAAGAUAAAAAGAGGUUUAAGGAACACCAACAAGAGAGAGGCUACAGGAAGCAGCAUGAUGUCAAGCAUCAUGGGUAAAAGACAUUUUAAACAAAAAUCUCACAACAGUUUGAAGUGAUUCUAUAUAUAUAUAUAUAUAUAUAUAUAUAUAUAUAUAUAUAUAUAUAUAUAUAUAUAUAUAAACAAUUUGUGAUUUAGUGGAUUACAUUUUGCUACUGAAACACUUUGAUUAUUCUACUCUCUUCAUUAAAUACCGGUAGUAUGAAA